AUGAGAUGCGCCAGACGGUGUCACGUUGCCGACAGCGACGAGCAGGAACCAGAAGACGAGCAACAACCACAUCGUCAAGGCAGUGGACUUCCGAAUGGUUCACCAAGGCCAGCUCGGUCACGCCUCUGUCUCCAACCGUCGCUCCGCCCAGUCCCAAAAACUGGGGAAGAAAUGCAGGCCGAGAAAAUUACACAUGACACCGAUCUCGAUCUAUUAAGCUGUAAGACCUACUUUACGGUGCCCGUGAAAAUGCUCUUCUACUAUUUCGACCUGGAGUUCCAAACGGUGAGCUAG